AUGGCACGUCGAACGGUAUGGAAACCCCGGAUUCCUAGACAGUUAAUCGCAUUAUUAAAUUUAAUCAAUCAUUACCCGAUAUUGCGAGCUGCUGUCAAAUCAUUUAGUGAACGAUUUAAUCAAUUUAAAAUGUAUAGUGACAAUUUCGGUUUUCUAUACAAUAUUGGUGAGCUCCAAAAAAUAACUAAUGACGACCUUAUGAAGAGUUGCUUAGAUUUACAAAAUUAUCUAAGUGACGGAGAAUUAUGUGAUAUAGUUGCUUCUGAAUUGUAUGAAGAGUUACUAGUUUUUCGUCAUACAAUGAAAGAAGAUUCUACGCCAAUAGAAGCACUCAAGCACUCAGUUUUUAAAACAAUUCCUGGUGCUUUUACAUUUUUCCUAACAUAG